CUCCAGGUCGUUGCUGGUUUUUGCCGAUUGAAAUAUUUUAGAGAGAGAAGCAAGAAAAGGGUUUUGGGUUCCAGAUAGCAACUUAAUGUUCUAAUAACACUAGGAGAGAGAGAGAGAGGGAGAUAGAGAGAGAGAGAUAGAUAGAUAAAGAGAGAUGGGAAGCGAUAAAAAUAGCUUAGUAGUUUGUCUUUUUCAUCUUUAGCAUUCAAUUCAUGCUUGAAUUUCUUUCAACACCCCACCCCCUCUAGAGACUUAUCCGUACAUGUAUAGAUGUGGGGGAGAUUGGUAAUUAUACACAUAUGAGUUUUGAGAGAGGUGAAGACCAUCGUCGUCAUCAUCAAAACUACCCUUCACCGCCACCUCAAGACCACCAAGAAAAGACCAAAAACCCUCCCUUUUUGACGAAUAUCAUGGCUACCACCAACAAAGGCUAUUCAAAUACAUCAACCAACACUUUCUUAGACCCACAACAACAUCAUCAUCACCAUCAUCAGCAGCCUCAUCACCAACUACAGUUUGUCCAACAUCAAGAACAUCAUCACCAUGAUAGCAAUCAGAUAUCAUUCGCUAUGGUCAAUCAUUCCAUGCCCUCGACCAAUCCCACCACCACCAACGAAAAUAUCAUGAGAAGCGAUGGCGGUGGGCCUUAUGAUUUGGCUGAUUUAGAUCAAGCACUUUUUCUCUACGGCGACCAAGGACAAGCUGCUACUGGUGGUGAUCCCUCUGCAGCACUGUCUUCUAUCCAAGAUCAUCAAAGACAGGGUUCGGCAUCUGGUAUGAGACCUCCAACUUUGAACAUCUUCCCUUCCCAACCGAUGCAUGUGGUAGACCCUUCGACCUCUACUACUAAGGCAACUACUGGAUUAGUUUCUCCAUCAAGCAGUGGUUCAAGAAGACCAUCGGAGCAGUCUAUGGAUAACAUUGCCAACCACAAAAAGGAUGCUCCUCCACCUGCCCCUCAAUCCUCUAAAGCUAUCAAGAACGAGGGAAACAAGAAAGGGCCUUCAACUAGUUCAGAUCAGAAUCGCCCGAAAACACCGGAUCCUAAGACAUUGAGGAGACUUGCUCAGAAUAGAGAGGCAGCAAGAAAAAGCAGGCUGAGAAAAAAGGCUUAUGUUCAGCAGCUAGAAUCAAGCAGAAUUAAACUUACCCAAUUGGAACAAGAGUUGCAAAGAGCGAGAGCUCAGGGGGUUUAUCUUGGUAAUGGCGGUGGUGUUCUUGGAGCUGAUCAAGGUGUUCCUCUUGGCAUGAGCAACAUAAGCUCAGAUGCUGCAGUUUUUGACAUGGAGUAUGCAAGGUGGCUGGAGGACUACCAUCGUCAAAUGUGUGAGCUUCAAGCUGCAGUUCAAGAACACUUGCCAGAAAACGAGCUCCGAAUCUAUGUUGAUAACUGCAUAGCACGUAUUGAUGAUGUGAUGAAUCUGAAGAGCAUCGUUGCUAAAUCUGAUGUUUUCCACAUCAUCUCCGGUACCUGGAAAACUCCUGCUGAGCGGUGCUUCAUGUGGAUUGGAGGGUUUCGACCAUCUGAGCUCAUCAAGGUUUAAACUUAUCUCCAUACAUAAAUACAUAUAGACACAUAUCUCUAUACAUACAAACACACACAAAAGCAAAUAAGAACCCUAAAUAUAAAACACUAAAAUGAGAGAGAAAGCAUGGUACAUGAUCCUCAAAAUGCCACAAGAAUAGUCAAAAGUGUGAAAGUGUUGCAGUGAAACCUUCUAAAAGAGGACACUCUGGUCCCCAGUAUGUGCAACCACACAUUUUAUCGUGUAU